AUGGAACAAAAACAACCUCUAAUAAUCCGAGACAAAAACCAGAUGAGAAAUUGGUCAAGAUCAAUGAGAUCCCAAUCCAAACUCAUUGAUUUCGUUCCCACCAUGGGUUACCUUCACCAAGGGCAUCUUUCUCUCAUCACCGAAGCUCACAAACACGCCAAUGUUGUUGCAGUAUCAAUCUACGUCAACCCGGGUGAUGUUCAGAAGCUUUUGUCUGUUCCUGGUGGUGUUGAAGUUGUUUUUAAUCCAAAGAAUUUGUAUGAUUAUGGGGAGAGUGGGGGUAGUGAUGGUGGUGUUGGUGGUGGUGAGGUGGUGUCUUGUGUUGAGAAGAGUGGUUUGGGACAUGAGAGUUGGGUUAGAGUUGAGAAACUUGAAAAGGGUCUUUGUGGGAAGAGUAUGCCUGUUUUCUUUAGAGGUGUUGCUACUAUUGUUGCUAUGUUGUUUAAUAUUGUUGAGCCUGAAGUUGUUGUGUUUGGAAAAAAGGAUUAUUAG